AUGUUUAGAAGCUUAAAGAAUUUGGGUGCGUCGAGUACAGAAAUAAAGGUUAAACAACUAACCAGUGAUAGUGAAAGCAACGGUUCCACAAUGACAAGCUCCUUAAUGAAUGAAAUAUCUAUAUUGACUUAUAGUUCUAAAACCUUGAGAGAAAUCACACAGGUUUUAAGAAAAAGACUACAGCUUAUAACAAAUUUAAUGAAUCAACCCAUACCAACUUCACAACUACCUAAUUCACUGAGAAAACAGCAACAACUAAAACACCAAAGAAAUGAGAACGAAAAUAUAAAUGCGGUUUAUAUGUCUAUCACUGGUAAUAGCGUGCUUAAAAAAUACUGUAUACAAAUUUUGAAAACAUUAACUUUGAUUGGGUAUUUAAUUAAUAACGGGUCUAACGAAUUUAUUGAGUGGGGUAAGCAUUCAUGCUACAUUAUGGAACCUUUGUGUGAUAUUGAAGUGAUCCACAAUGGUAAUCAUAUAGCGUCUCCUAACUCUUCCUCAUUCUCCUCUAGCUCGUUUUUUCAUAGUAAUAAUAGCAAUGGCACUGAAGGAAUAGCUAGUAGCACGCAUGAUAACGAUAAUAUGUUAUUACUGCAAAUUAGAAGACUAGCUGUCCAAUUAGUAACCAUAUUGAACGAUGAUGCAUUACUAGAAAAAAGAAGACACGAUUUAAUAGAAUUUAGGAGCAGUAUUUCAACACCGGGGAAAAAAUCCACGGAUAAUAGCCAUUUAAAAAGAACAUUUGAAUUUGAUAAGAACAGCAAAAAUACAAGCCUUGAUUCUUCAUCAAAUGAGCACCAACCAUACAGGCAGCACCAAACACAGCAACAGUAUUUUAAAAGUAAAAGUUUAGAUUCUCCUAGAGUGAAUAACGAAGAGGCUGAUGCUAAUAACCUGGAUAAUAUAAAUGGAAGUUAUAAUAGAAUAGGAAACGGCUGGGGGUUGAAAAAACUAACCAAAGGAAAUAUAAUGAAUAGAAACAAUAGUACCAACAGUGACAUUACUAUCAAAGACGAUAAAAGGGUAAACUUAAAUAGUUUCAAUAAUCUUAAGACCUGGAAAUUUAGUGAUAGUUCGACUGGUGAUGCUAUUAAAGAAGAUAUAGAGAAGAAUAAUGAUAACACGGAUACUAACUCCAAUACUAAUAAUACUUAUUAUUUAAAGACUUCUUGUAUGAGUACGGCAACGAAUAAUGGUCAAAAUAAUAACAUUACCAAUACACCGCCUAAAGGUAAAUACGACAGAUUCAAUGCUUUGGAUACACUGGAUGAGGAUGAAGAGAAUGAUUGUGACGAUUUUACAUCUAGCACUACUACUACCACCGAUGAUAAGAGUUUAAAUACUAUUAAAAAUACUCUGUCUUCUUUUACAAAAUCCUUGGAUUUUGAAAUGUUAUCAAAUUGUACUAAUGAAAACGAUACUAAUAUGAAGCCAAUCAUUAAUAAGGAGAAGAGUUUUUCAUCAAACAAUCCAUUUAUUUAA